AUGAUUGUUGUCUGCGUUCAGGGCGAACGAUCCAAGUUCUACGGCAACCUGCCUGGCCACGACCAGCAGCUGGAUUACAGCGCCUUGGACGGCGGGGAUGAGAUACUUUGUGUCAGGCGCGGGGGAACCGUUCUUCACUGCGCUAGUAAUCUUUUGGACUACCGCAUCUACAAGCGUAUCAAUCGUAUCUGGAAACUGAUCAAUUUUGUCCGCCUUAAGUCUGCUCUCGAAUUCCUUAACAAAUGUGUUGCAACCCUCCUUAAGAGCGGUAACGUAGCCUUUAAUUUUUUCGUUGGAGUGGGAAUCGACAGCAUCGAAUUGGCUUUUCACCACAUCACCGGCCGCUCCAGCUUCGCUCGUAAGCUGUUGCUUAAUAACUAUCGCGAUUUGGUUGUUGAGGUCCGUGUAGACUGCAUCGUUAUUCUUUUUCAUUCCAUAGUUCCCAUGAAACUUCUCCUUACCGUUGUCCCCGACAUAUUGCUCAAUAAAGGUUUUGAUCGGGUCCACCUUCAAAAUAUUAUUCUCAACCCAUCCCUGUACUUUAUGCUCAAACUGUGA